AUGGAAACCUCCCAUGGUCAACCGAGAUUCUUGAUUAUAGAUUCUUAUGACUCCUUCACCUACAACCUAGCAGCCCUCUUUAAGCAAUCCAUACCAUCGGCUCUGAUUCAUAUCAUAAAGAAUGACGAAUUCGACUUUGACGAGUUGGCCCCGUUUCUACCUUAUUUUUCUGCUGUGGUGGUCGGUCCAGGACCAGGAUCACCAGCAAUACCCUCCGACGUGGGCGUCGUGGACAGUCUCUGGAGUUUAGCUGAGGACAAGCAAAUGCCUAUUUUUGGCGUUUGCCUCGGCAUGCAAAGCCUUGGACUCGCUUUCGGAGCAUCUUUACGAAGACUGAACGUCGUGAAACAUGGUCAAGUUUCUCGUAUAAUGUACAACGAAGAGAUCCUCUUUGAGGGCAUACCACAAGGAGCAUCCGUCGUUCGUUAUCAUUCACUUUGUGUCGAUCCUCGUGAUGCGUCGAAAUUGGUCGAGCUAGCUUGGGCCGAUGACGGUACGGAAAAUGGCCGAGUCACAAUGGCUCUUAAGCAUCGAACGAAGCCGUUCUAUGGUGUGCAAUAUCAUCCAGAAUCUGUUUGUACGGAUGGAAGUGGCCCACAACUAGUACGAAACUUUUGGCGCCUUGCUUGUGAAUGGAGGUCUAAGGCGAGACGGCCGGUCAAAACAUGGGACGACAACGCGGAAAGACAGUUUUCUGUUAACAUCUGGCCGGCGUUUUGGACAAGAGACGCACAUCACCUUAGGUUCAACCCACAACGAGUGACAUCCACGAAAAUAUCCCUUCCUCAACUGAAGGUACCGCAAGUAUGCGAAGUAUUAGGGGUUUACAAGGCCAACACGGAUUUUGUACUCCUAGAUUCCGCUGCGGAACCUGGAUCAUACUCUAUCAUUGGAUGUAUGCAUCCUAACUCACUCAAGAUACAGUAUUUUGUAGGUGACGAUUUUGUCACCCUAAUUCAAGGAAAGCGGCGCACGCUAUCUGCUUUGGGAUCCUGCGACGUUUGGACAUGGUUAGCUUCAUUUAUGCGAACUAAGGACGGCUUGGGCGGUGACCCUACCAUCCCGUUUUGGGGUGGACUUGUCGGUUACCUCAGCUACGAGCUUGGUUUCGAGACACUGCGCUGCGGACAUGGGAAGAUCAAUCCAGAGAACAAGCGCUUUCCGGAUGUCAACCUUGUCUAUGUUGAAAGGAGUCUUGUCGUUGACACGAAAACAGGAGAAGUCACCAUACAAUCCCUUUUGCCGAAGGACGACGAUUGGUUCGCAUUCACCGCUUCGGCAUUGAAACGCGCAGCUGUGGGAGAAGAAAUCACUCGUAAAUCUUCCGGCUUGGAACGCCCUUUGUCUGCUUCGAAGACUACAGUCGUCUAUCCUGACAAGGCCAAAUAUAUCUCGAGAAUUAAGCAGGCACAAGACUGCCUCUUCUCGGGAGAGUCGUACGAACUCUGUCUCACGGCACGCACUCGGUUGCUUGUACCCAAGAGCCCAGUAGCAUCUUCUCAAUCAUCAUGGGAGAUCUACAAGAAGCUUAGAUCAGCGAAUCCAGCACCCUAUGCUGCAUAUAUCCGCUUUCAUCCAUCAACGCUGAUAUCCUCCUCGCCAGAGAGGUUCCUGUCGUAUUCUCGGCCUCCUUCACAGCUCUUCCAACUUCGACCUAUCAAAGGUACCGUAAGGAAAGGAAACGGUAUGUCAAGAGAUUGCGCGGCAGAGAUUCUGAAUAGUCCGAAAGAAAUUGGUGAAAAUCUCAUGAUUGUCGACCUUAUCCGUCAUGACUUGCAUGGAGUCCUAGGCACUGGUGUCGACGUCAGGAAGUUUUGUGGUAUUGAGGAGUAUGAAACAGUAUGGCAGCUUGUGAGCGUCAUUGAGGGUUCUGCUUAUCCUCAUGGUGAAUCCUUGGAUGACAUAAAGCCUUUCGUUUGUGACAAACAACUGGCAUGGGAAGUUCUUCGGAAAUCCUUGCCACCUGGCAGCAUGACUGGUGCUCCAAAGAAACGUAGUGUUCAGAUCCUGCAAGAUCUCGAGGAUGAUGAGCGGGGAAUCUAUUCCGGCGUUAUGGGUUACUGGUGCGUUGGAGGUGGAGGUGAUUGGUCGGUGAUUAUACGCAGCUGCUUCAGGCAUGAAGACGAGCCGAUGUCUCAAAACGAUCCGACGGACGUCGAUAAUACAGGACAUGAUGAAUGGCUUGUUGGUGCUGGAGGUGCCAUUACUGCACUGUCUGAUCCCGAAGCGGAAUGGGACGAGAUGUUGGCGAAGUUGCAGAGUGUCCUGCGGUCUUUCCGAGUUGGUGAAUGAGCUGUGCUGUGCGUCCAACACGCACGCGUAGAUGAUCUUUUUUUUUCUGUUUCUGUUUUUGCCCUCAACAUUCAUCUGUUGAUGGUACUUAUCAUUAUUACAUUUCAAGCACUCAACGUGCUAUUUUGUUUUUAGACAUCCAAAACCAAUAAUGGAUACUGUAGUAAAGUGUAACCGUCGAUCCGUCGGAGCGGCUGGACGGUCCGCUCACCUCACGUGCAGAAUGUCGCUCAAC